GUCAUAAUGUUUUGGUCACGUGUGAAAACAGGAAAACAAACAGAUCGAUCAGACAGUUAGCAUCCCUGCUAAUCCACACAGCAGAACAUUCCAUAGGACACCUUGUCCUGUCAAGGAAUUGCAGGCGAUUCCUUCACGUGACACUUAAAGGCGGGAGUCGUUUUUUUAAUAAUUAUUAUGACGUGCGCGUGCAUGUGCGCGUGACAAGAACCGAGGACUGCUCGCUUUGGACAAUAUGAUGAGUCACGUGACUGCUUCUUGAAUUCCCGUCUCCCUGCAGAGUCACAGGUCACAGUGAAAACUGUGUUCGUGCGCGUGCGUGUUCGUGCGUGUGUUCAUCUUCUCCAAAGCAGCUCGGUCUGGUGGAGCAGUGUGUGAGGAGACUGGAGGAGACUGGAGCUGCUCCUCUGUACCAGGCUGUAGUUCGAUCCUCAGCUCGCUGGUGUCUUUGUGUCUCUGUCUGAGACGGUGGUACCGGGAUCGGAACCGCGGUUCCUCUGUCACACCGCCGGGAGAAGCGAAGGAGAAAACCCCGAGAAGAAUGCAGCUGAAUCCGACUGUUGCUGGAACCCUAACCCUGCACUGAUUUCUCCCGUUUUUCCAACUCGACCUUUGAGCUUUUGUUCUGCCCGAUGCACGGCCCCUAACUGGGGAAGGAAGAAGGAAGGAACACGGGCUGCAGACGAGCGCGGAUCAUCACCGGAGGAAAGUCGGUGCUCACCGGAACCGGACUCUGAGCCUGAACGCGGAGGAAACAUGUCAUCCACCAGAUACAAGAAGGACAAGGAGAUCAUCGCAGACUACGAGACCCAAGUGAAAGAGAUCCGCAACCAGCUGGUGGAGCAGUUCAAAUGCCUGGAGCAGCAGUCGGAGUCUCGUAUCCAGCUGCUGCAGGACCUGCAGGAGUUCUUUCGACGCAAAGCAGAGAUCGAACUGGAAUAUUCCCGCAGCCUGGAGAAACUGGCCGAGCGCUUCUCCUCCAAGAUCCGCAGCUCCAGAGAACAUCAGCAGUUCAAGAAGGACCAGCAUCUGCUCUCCUCCGUCAACUGCUGGUACCUGGUGCUGAACCAGACCAGACGCGAGAGCCGGGACCACGCCACGCUCAGUGACAUCUACACCAACAAUGUCAUCCUCCGUCUGGCUCAGAUCGGCGACGACGUCAUACGACUGUUCAAGAAGAGUAAAGACAUCGGGAUCCAGAUGCACGAGGAACUGGUCAAGGUGACCAACGAACUCUACACUGUGAUGAAGACCUACCACAUGUACCACACUGAGAGCAUCAGUGCGGAGAGUAAACUGAAAGACGCAGAGAAACAGGAGGAGAAGCAGUUCAGCAAGUCCGGCUAUCUGCACGUCAACCUCUGGGCCACGCGACGCACCGUCAGGAAGAUCGAGAAGAUGAAGGAGAAGGUGAGUGACCGACUCCUUUUCCAUCACCAGCAACUCGUUACAUUUCACAUAAGAACAGCCAACAACCAGCAACUUGUUACAUUUCACAUAAGAACAGCCAACAUUUUCAGGAUUUAUAUUUAUUUUAUUCCCGCCUCUUUUCAGUGCUGCGACCUUGGCUACCACGCCAGCCUGGCGCGCACUUUGAGGACCUACCUGUCGGCCGAGUACAACUUGGAGACGUCGCGCCACGAGGGACUGGACGUCAUAGAGAACGCCGUGGACAACCUGGACUCUCGCAGCGACAAGCACAAGAUCAUGGAUAUGCACAACCAGGUGUUCUGUCCUCCCAUGCGCUUUGAUUACCUGCCACACAUGGGAGACGAGGUCUGCCAGGUGAGCGCCCAGCAGCCGGUGCAGACUGAACUCCUGAUGCGCUACCACCAGCUGCAGUCCCGUUUAGCCACCUUAAAGAUUGAAAAUGAGGAGGUGAGAAAGACCUUGGAUGCGACCAUGCAGACGCUGCAGGACAUGUUGACGGUGGAGGACUUUGACGUCUCCGACGCCUUCCAACACAGCCGCUCCACCGAGUCCAUCAAGUCGGUGGCGUCGGAGUCCUACAUGAGCAAGAUGAAUGUAGCCAAGCGGAGGGCCAACCAGCAGGAGACGGAAAUAUUCUACUUCUCAAAAUUCAAAGAGUUCCUGAACGGCAGUAACCUCAUCAUAAAGCUGCAGGCCAAGCAUGACCUUCUGAAGCAGACACUGGGUGAAGGAGAAAGAGCCGAGUGUGGAACCACAAGGCCCCCCACUCUUCCCCCCCUCUUACAGAAAAUGCGGAAGCCUAGGCCUCGCUCCAUGUAUAACCAUAAGCUGUUUAAUGGCAACAUGGAGACCUUCAUCAAGGAUUCAGGUCAACCCAUUCCACUUGUUGUUGAGAGCUGCGUCCGUUACAUCAACUUAUACGGGCUGCAGCAGCAGGGAAUAUUCCGUGUGCCAGGAUCUCAGGUGGAAGUGAACGACAUCAAAAACUCAUUUGAGCGAGGUGAAGACCCGCUGAUUGAUAACCAGAAUGACCACGACAUAAACUCGGUGGCCGGAGUGUUGAAGCUGUACUUCAGAGGCCUGGAGAACCCUCUGUUCCCCAAGGAGAGGUUUCUGGACUUCAUCUCCACCAUCAAAUUAGAGUCUGGAGCUGAGAGGGCGCAUCACAUCCAGCAGAUCGUUGUGACUCUUCCUCGGACCAUCAUCAUCGUCAUGAGAUACCUCUUUGCUUUUCUCAAUCAUCUUUCUCAGUACAGCGAUGAGAACAUGAUGGAUCCGUACAAUUUGGCGAUCUGCUUCGGACCGACCCUGAUGCCCAUUCCAGAUGGUCAGGAUCCUGUCGCGUGCCAAGCUCACGUUAAUGAGGUCAUCAAGACCAUCAUCAUCCACAAUGAGGUCAUCUUUCCCAGUCUGCGAGAGCUGGACGGUCCGGUGUACGAGAAGUGCAUGACAGGAGGGGAGGAGUACUGUGACAGUCCCCACAGUGAACCAGGAACUAUCGACGAGGCCGACAAUGGAACUGAGCCACACACCAGUGAUGAAGAGGUUGAACAGAUCGAAGCCAUCGCCAAGUUUGACUACGUGGGACGGACUCCCAGAGAGUUGUCCUUCAAGAAGGGAGCCUCCCUCCUGCUGUACCACCGAGCCUCCGAGGACUGGUGGGAGGGACGGCACAACGGCGUGGACGGUCUCAUCCCCCAUCAGUACAUAGUGGUACAAGACCUUGAUGAUGCCUUCUCAGACAACCUCAGCCAGAAAGCAGACAGCGAGGCCAGCAGUGGACCGCUGCUGGACGACAAGGGCUCGCUUAAGAACGACGCGCCGUCACCGUGUGAACCAUCACCUGACUACAACUUUGGGAGUGUCAUGGGACGGGUUCGGUUACGGUCUGAUGGAGCGUCAAUCCCACGCCAUCGCAGCGGUGCAGAAACACACAGUCCGACCCGGGGAGCGGACACGCCUCCGCGAGCCGCCGCCUGUCCCAGCAGCCCUCACAAGAUGUCAAUCAGCAAGGGUCGUUUGGAGAGCCCCGAAAAGAGGCGUCUUGGAACGUUCGGCAGCGCAGGAAGCAUCAACUACCAGGACAGGAAGGCCUAUCCUGAGGGCCACCCGCUGAGGCCGGUUCCAGGAGCCACUCGCCACAGCAGCCUCGGGGAUCACAAGUCCCUGGAGACGGAGGCUCUGGCUGAGGACAUAGAGAAGACCAUGACCACGGCCCUGCAUGAGCUGCGUGAACUGGAGCGACAGAACACGGUGAAGCAGGCCCCUGACGUGGUCCUGGACACCCUGGAGCCCAUGAAGAACCCCGUCGGCUCCGAGCCCGGCAGUCCGCUCCACACCAUCAUGAUCCGCGAUCCGGACGCCGCCAUGCGUCGCAGCAGCAGCUCCACCUCCGAGAUGAUGACCACCUUCAAACCCACUCUCUCCGCUCGCCUGGCCGGGUCUCAGCUCCGCCCGCCGCCCAUGAGGCCCGUGCGCCCGCCUCCGACGACGCACCGCUCCAGCAGCUCCAGCUCCUCAGGGAUGGGCAGCCCCGCCGUGACGCCCACCGAGAAAAUGUUUCCAAGUAACAAUCCGGCUACUGGUGCUAACAUGAACACCGCGGGGGACGCUGGAGAUAAGACUGGCACCAUGUAGCAAAGGUAGAAUCUGUCAGGUCGGGGGGAGACGGUGAACGAGGGAGAGAGAGAGUGAGAGAGGGGAGAGCUGAUGUGUGGAAGGAAAAGCAGAUAUAAAUAGUUUCUUCCCUUUCUUUUUAUUCCGACCUGGUUCAUAUUCAGGAAGCUCCUGGAGGGAGCAGGAGCAGGAGGAGGAGGAGGAGGAGGUGAAAGACGCCGAGGAGAU